AUGCCACUUGGAAAAAGCGUUCGCUCUUCUUCAGCUCCAGGGAGAUUAGAAACCAAACGUGUGACAAGCAUCCUCUCUGAACUGGGAGGUGCAGGGCAGAGGAUCAGGAACAAGCCUGGACCAGGGGGCCGAGCUGUGAAAACAGAAGACCUCUCAGACCCUCGACCUUCACGUGUCGAGGACGGAGAGGAGCAGCCGGACUGGUUGGUACGAGAGCAGCUGAAACACAAGCGAAGACAUUCAGUCACACCAGGAGAGAAAGUUCAACUUGACCUUCAAGUUCAUUCAAGCUCGACCCUUAAGAUUGAUGAGCAACUUUCUCUGGACAACCUUCAGAAAAUGAAAUUAGCUUUUGAGGAAUUUGAAAAGAAUGAUACGAGAGGCAUUGAUGUGAAGGAUUUUGGACGUAUACUGAAAAGGUGUUUGGAUUUGCCUAACACGAUCAAUGCCCAGAUCGAUGGGUUGUUUGAAAAGAUUGAUUACUCAGACCAAGGGAGGAUUUCAUGGGGUGAGUUCUCCACGUACGUCCUGCAGCUGUAUAAGGAGAAGGAGGAAACAGUGAGACGCAGCAAGCGGGUGGCCUUUAGUUUGCCAGCCACCAUAAAUAAUUAUGGACAGGGCAUUCCAGUUGUCAACAUCCACUCCACCGAUGACGACACCUUGAUAACAGUACGAGAAGACGGGUUUAUUUGUCUUUGGCAUCCUGAACUGGAACCCAAACAGUCCAAACACAUGUUUGGUGAGGAUCCUGCUAUUCGAAGGUCGAAGUGGGUUAGUUGUUUCACUCUGAUGUCAGAGUACAACAAGCUGAUAAUUGGAACAGGGGACAGAGAGAUUCAAAUUUAUGACCUGUUUGCUCUGGAGCCUUACUGUCAGAUUAACGGCCUGGACACGAUUCCUCUGACUUUACACUACAGCUACACCGGACACGAUAAAUGUUGUCUUCUGUAUGGAGAUGCUGAGGGAUGUGUGAACAUCAUGUUAAUGUCUUCUGUUGAGGAUACCCUCCGAAUAUGGAGUAAAUUACCAAAGAUUGAAAACAUGCCUAACAUCACCAUCGAGAGUGCUGUGCUUUGUCCAGAUGUGACGUUCAUCAGAUGGAAGGUUCAUCAUGAGUGGGUGACACAGGCAACGUAUUUUCACAGUUUCCGAGCUGUUGUCUCCUCAUCGAAUGAAGAAUCUUCUUCUCUUGUCAUAGGCUGCGUGCUGCCUCCAACAGACUCUGAACUGCAGCUGAAGGAGAUCAGGGAGGUCUGCUGUGAGGGCAGAACCGGGAAGAGCCAGCUAGGCCGGACUCCACAGGUCCGUGCGUCGCGCGAUCACACCAUUUUCUCUGUCCACAAAGGUGUGAAGACCUUUGACCUUUGUCCGAAGCUACAUUUGUUGGUGACUGGAGGCAUGGACAGAAUUAUACGCCUGUGGAACCCCCAUAUUUCAGGGAAACCAACCGGUGUACUGAAAAGCCACUCUGCUCCCAUCUUCUCCCUCUGUAUCUCAUCAGAGGACAGUUGGAUCUUCUCUCUCACCGUUGAUGCCACUGUAAAAAUUUGGCACAUUGAGGAUCAGUGUUGCUUGUUCACAGCAGAGCCCAGCGCCAGCAGGAUUCAUGGAGACGUAUCUGCAUGCUUCUAUAACGCUGCUCUAAAAUGUCUGUAUGUGGCAGCAGACUGGAUGUCUGUCCUCCCACUGAAGUCCAGGCCAUGGCUGAACAGGCACAUGAACAUUUCCCAUAAUGAACCUGUAACGUGUUGUGGUUACAGUAAAGCCUUUGGUCAGGUGGUGAGCUGCAGCGAGGUGGUGAAAGUCUGGGACGUUACCACUGGACGUCAGGUUUUUGAGUUUCUCGGCACAGAUGAUCUGACCUCCGUCACUUGCAUGGCAUUUGACCCCAAAGGAAGAAGACUCGUUACAGGUGGAAGAAAUGGAUGCUUAAAUAUAUGGAACUUCAACAGCGGUCAGCGCCUGAAGACAUUAAAGAAAGGUAAAUGCCAAGAGGUGUGUGACUGCAUCUUUCUUAAAGUUCAAAGGAAUUUCUGUGUGACGGCUGUCAGAAAAGACUGCAGGAUUGACAUUUAUUCAGAUGUAUUUGAUGACAGACAUGUCCAGAAUCUGCAGCCUUCAUGGACAAAUGAUCUGAAGAACUGUCAUAAGAAGGACAUCCUCUGUGCGGUUCACUGUCCUCCAUCUCUUCUGGCCACCGGCAGCUCUGAUGGAGAGAUUCUUGUGUGGGACCUGGUUUCUGGACACAUUCAGUGUCGGUUUAUUGGCCCCAACGAAGCCGAAGACCAGAAUACUGAAGAACUGGAUCCAAGUGUUCCAAGCAUCAUUUUCCUGAAGAGCUUCAAACUUCAGCAGUUUUCCUCAGACACAGCUCUUCUUUCAUCUGGGGUCAAAGGGGGUGUGAAUCUCUGGAAUAUGCUCAGUGAAGAAAAACUUGUCAACAGCUUCAAAAUAUCCAAGUUCCAAGAAAAGAUAACCAAACUGGCCCAAACUCGUGAAGACAAGCUGCUGUAUGCUGCAGACAGAGUCGGCUACAUUUAUAUUUACAACAUGGAGAAGUUUGAGCUGGAGCAAAGAUCACCAAAAGCUGAACACUCCUGGCGCGCCCACACCAGCUCAAUUACCAGUCUGCAGAUUGUUGACACUGAUCAAGUGGUGCUUACUUCAUCCACAGACCGAACUGUGCGCCUUUGGAGUGCACAAGGACAAUACAUCGGGACAUUUGGGCAGCCCGAGACGUGGAGUAUCCACAUCCCCUCAUCCUGGAUACACCCCGGUGUCCCUCCUGAGGUUCUGAUUGAUCCUCUUAGUAUGCCAGAUCAUGAGUUUCUGAAUGUAAAAUCACAUCUUUCAGAAGCCAUCAAAUCUGACAUGAGUGAGGCUGAUGGAGGGGAACAAAAGACUCUGGGAUGA